AUGUCGGGAAUAAACACUCCGAUGAAGGAACUCUCCUUAGAGUUUUCCUUCACGGAGUCGACCAAAGAGGAGCAGACGGAUGAAAAAAUGAAUGUCGACGAGAAUAUGCUCCCAAAGUGCACUUCCGACGCGGAAAUUCAGCCCAAAAGAGCGCUAGUGUUCGACGAUGUGCCAGAGCUUUCUGAGGAUGAGGAAGUCGAUCAAAAUUCGAACAUCAAUCUUCCGCCGCCAGAGCUCUCAGAGGAAGAAAUGGAAAUCGAGGACAAGGAAAAUCUCAAGCCUGCAGAUCUUCCCCAGCCAAAAGAGAAAAUCCUCAUAAAGGAGCCAGAUUUUCCAGCGCCAGCGAUCGAAGUUCCCGAAGAGCCGAAAGAAAGCCGCAUUUUGUCGCCAAAGAAAGGCGUCAAGGUGAACACUGCGCACACGCCGAGCUACAUGCGCGGAACGGCCAGUUCCAGCGCCAAAACGCCGAAAAAAGGUGGAGAAAAAGUGCCGGAAGAGAAGAAGAGAGAGAUGCCGAAGCCCGGCUUCUCGACGAAAUUCAGCAAACCAACGACCAAGAAGUAUGGCAUUGCUGCAUCUCUUUGCAAGAAAGAAGCCACCAAGCCGGUCGUGAGCAAAGCUGCUUCUGGCCAGUCGAGUUCUUCGCGCUUCGGUUUCCAGCCGCCGAAAAAGCUCGCUUCUCGCCCAGCAACGGCUCCUUCGAAACCUGUUGCCCCGAAGCCGACAGCGAUGAAAUCAAAAACAGAAACAGCUGCUCGAGGACGGCCAACAGUCGCGACAAAAACAACGACAAAAUCAAAAACCGUCACCGCGCCCAAACGACCAGUCAGUGCUCGUCCUGCUUUUGGAUCUAGCGCGAAGCCGGCCAAACCAGUUGUCAGUUCUCGACCGGCGAGUGCGAAACCAACGGUCGAUCGAGCGAAGAGCACGCUGACUUCGCGAGUUGGUACCGGAUCGGCGCCAAAGCCAAGUACGAUGAGUGCGAAGAGUUCGAUUCCACCGCGGCCAGCUUCAGCCAAGCCACGACCGGCUACUACUUCAACUUCUGCCAGUCGAUUUGGCGCAGUUGCAAAGACUGGCGUGAGUAAAACUGAGAGAAAGCCUGGUGCACCAAAAAAAGAGGAAGCGAAGAAGGUCGUCCAGCCGACCUCUUCAAAGGUGAAGCCAGGUGUGGUUCAGCCAAAGGUUGUCUCACGAUUCGGGCAAGCUUCAGCUUCCAGCAAGAAAGAAGUGCAGAAAGUUAAGCCAGCGAGUAGUACUGCACCAGGAAAGAGCACGGCAGCGACGAUUCCGAAGCCAAAGAUUCCGUCUUCGACGAUGGAAAAGUCUGAAAAGUCGAAGCCGCUUACGGCCAAGGCAGUUGAGGUUACUGAGAGACUUUUGAGCAAGACGCCAAAAACGCCUCGUGAUAAACCAGCAGAGUCGAAGACUCCUGCUUCUUCCUCUGCAUCUAUGAAAGCGAAAACACCAGUGCGACCGAAAACUCCAGUGGCGAAAACACCAGCUAAAACUCCUGGAAAGAUGAGCUCUAAGACGCCCACUGGAGCGACUGGCAAGAGUGCGAAGAAAGAAGAGGCGAAGAAGCGUCGUCGAACUCGCUACUCGAUCACUCAAGAGGCGACGGAGAAAAUGUCGGAAGCGUUUUCGAAGUGUGCCAAGAACAGAGUCGAAGCGAACGAGUCGCUCUUCAAAGACUUGAACGAGGACGACCAAAACGACGCUGAAAGCAAUUUGGUGGUGCAGGCGAUUGAAAACCUGAUCCAGUCGGCGAAGGAACAGAACUUGCCAAGCCACAACUUGCUCGAUCUGUUGACAGGAAUGAGAGACGAUCUCGGCGAAGAUAUUGCCAUGGUCACCUGCUACUGGGCGGCGAAAAUCGACGUCUUGAUGAAAUUAGGCUCGAAAGCUUGUGAAAUCAAAGAGGAGCUCGAAACAGCGACAAAAUCGAAUCCAAUCCCAGCGUCCGACUUCGCCAAGCUCAAAAAAGAAACACUGGAGAAGAUGUCUGAACCUGGAUUCGACGAGCGAGGUGCCACUCCAGAUCCGGAAGCGACAAUUCCGCUCGAGGACGAUGAAAUGCUCGAGCUUUCGAUCGUCAACAUGCCUCCCUUCGAGGAACCAGCUCCUGCUCCGACAGUUUCUGUUGAGGCGCCUACUCCUGAGCCGGAAUCAUUCGUUGAGCCAAUGUCUACCGAGCAAACACUGGCCAAUCUGACCGAGAUGAACAACAAGCAGGAUGCUACCUUGCUCCGCUUUGUGGUUCGAAAAACCAAGUGCAAGGAUCUCUCAAAAUUGAUCGUCACUCCAGUACGGCGAUCAAAGCGGAUCGCCAAUAAAACGCCUGGAAAGACGCCUGGCACUCCGACUACUCGAACUCCCAGAGCCGAGCUGGACAUCACCGAUCUGAAAGAACUCCACAACAACACCGAAAUCGGUUUCUUGGAGAACCCAAAACUCAACCUCGACUCCGUUCUUGAGUGA